UGAGGAAUGUCAACAAAAUAAAAAACAUACAAAAACAAUUAGACUGCAGUAUACAAUUUAUAUUAAAAAAAAAAACCGUCAGAAUAGGUUCAACCUUCGUACGAACAUGUCGUUGAAAAUGAGAUACCUGAUGAAGAAAGAAUCUAUUUUCUAUUUACAACGUGAAGCAUGGGACGACAUUAAGGAAUACGAAGACAAUUUCAAACAGGUGAUCAGGCAGAGGGAAAAGAACAGGAUCCCAUUUUUCCAUCAAUCGCCACAGUUCAAUUUUAGAGGGUAUUUGGUUGAGUACAUCAAAAGAAUAUGCAUAGAGAAAAGGCUGACGCAUUGCUGUCUGCAUUUGGCGGUGUAUUUACUGGACGUUUUUAUGGAUAGUCAUUCAAUAGUACCAGAAAGAGUUUUUGUCGUAGCGAAUGUUUGCUUGUUACUUGCCGCAAAAUUCGAGGAAAACACCACGAACAUCCCUAAAAUUAUUGAACUGAACUCGGCAAUUAAUAAUAAAUACACCGCUCAAGAUUACAAAGAACUGGAGAUUAUAAUCUUGAAGUUCUUCCACUGGUACAUAAUGUUCCCAACAGCCGCACACUAUGUGCACUAUUACAUACAGGGUAUUAUAUCAUCUGACGACUUGAAAUCAAAUACAAGUCUGAGGUCACUCUUUUACGACUUGCACGACAACAUUACCACCUAUUUGGAUUACGUAGUCGACAACAUCCAUUACAUGCAAUGCUACACCCCAUCCAAAUUAGCUGCGGCCAUAAUUUGUGCCAGCAGACUAGAAGUCGGUUUGAAUGGCUGGACCAAUCAACUCAAAAAUUUGACGGAUUACACUCCUGAUGAUUUUCAGGAUCCUUUAAUCACACUUAUGACUAAGAAAAACUCCAUGACGUGCUUAAAAUGCACAACAAUCUCAAACAUUUGAAAUUACUUAAACACAUAAGUAAAAAUUAAUAAUUUUAUAUACUAUAUACAUGGGUGCAAUUAAUUACCUAAAAUAAACAAUAAUUUAAAGCAAAA